GUGUUGCUCUGUAUGGCCCCGCGUACGGACUUGCCCGCGCGUCACCCGGCCAACGUAAGCACGCGGUAGAAAGUCGAUCGCUACGAGCUGUGUUCUUUGUGAUAAAAACUUGUGAUAUUUGCGGUUGGAUUGUUGUUAGUUUGGUUUUCCAGAACUAAGACAACACCUAGUGUCACGUGUAUCCUAAAGUCAGUGACAGUCGGAUGGACGUGCAGUUGAGAUCAAGUGAAAGUCGGUAAUUUCCCGGUGUGGGAAGGAAGCAACAAUGGAUCACCUGUUCCGCCAGCGCCGGAUAAGCGUGCCCAAGCGCACAAGCGAGUUAGUGGCGCUGAUCGCGGUGUCGUGCACGCUGUUUCUGUUCCUACACACGCGGGACCUGAGCACCAAGCUGCGCCGCAUGGAGGGCAGGCUGAACGACGACGUGACUACCUUCAACCACCUCACUGACAGGAUAGAGACGGGCCUAGCGGGGUAUGCGUCGGCGCAAGAGCACAAAGAGGCGCUCGAGGCUAUUCGCAGGCACACCGGCGCGGAGCGCAAAAAACCUCAGCGCACAUUAGAAGCAGAGCCUGAAGAUGUUCAAGAAGAAAUAGAGCAGUAUUUAGAAGAGAUAGUUCCCGAGCCAUGGGAGUUGAACAAUACUGCGCGCGCAGGCAUGGAACUGCUGUUCUUCAACCGCGUGCCGAAGGUCGGCAGUCAAACCUUCAUGGAGCUGCUGCGCCGGCUAGCGGCCAGGAAUCAGUUUGGGUUCCACCGGGACGCGGUUCAGCGCGUGGAGACGAUCCGCCUGGCGCCGGCCGACCAGCAGGUGCUUGCCAGCAUCGUCACGGCGCACGCGCCGCCCGCCUCCUACAUCAAACACGUUUGCUAUACUAACUUCACCAGGUACGGUUACCCAUCUCCGAUCUACGUGAACGUGGUGCGGGACCCAGUGGAGCGCGUCAUCUCGUGGUACUACUACGUGCGAGCGCCGUGGUACUACGUCGAGAGGAAGCGCGCGUUCCCGGACCUGCCGCUACCAGAUCCUGCCUGGCUGAAGAAGGAUUUCGAGACGUGCGUGCUGAGCGGCGACCGCGAGUGCCGCUACGUGGAAGGCGAGACGCACGAGGGCAUCGGAGAUCACCGCCGGCAGACGCUCUUCUUUUGUGGACACGAACCUCAGUGCACGCCGUUUAACAGCGUAGAGGCGCUGCAGCGCGCGAAGCGUGUCGUGGAGGAGCAAUAUGCGGUAGUCGGUGUGCUCGAAGAUAUCAACUCUACACUGUUGGCUCUCGAGCGAUACAUCCCGCGUUUCUUCAGCGGCGCCACUAAGCUGUAUUGGGAGGAACUAAGGUUCAACCGCAUCAACCGCAACGACUUCAAGCCGCCGGUCUCCGAGGCGGUCAAGAACAUGGUCCGCGCCAACUUCACCCGUGAAAUAGAAUUCUACGAGUUCUGCAAACAGCGCCUCCACCUGCAGCUCAAGGCGCUGCGAGAACCCGGGGUAACGCCGCCGGCGUCGCAGCGAGUCAAGCGGCGCGCGGCCAACAGAUUCCGACGAGUGUAGCCACAGCCGCUACUGACACAGUUGCUGGCUGUGACACAAUAUCCGAGAUUUGAGUGUUGAGUAUAUUUUGGGUACAACGUGAGGCCAAUGAACAUUUUUGUGUUAGUUGUGAAACUGUUGAAAGCAGUGCAAACGCUUAUAAAGAGAAGAGUAUAAAGGAAUCGUUGUAGGUAGUUUUGUUGAGUAAAUGUACCUAUAUCUACAAGUUAGGUAGGCAAAAUUGGAAUGUUGAACAUGGUUGAGUGUAUUCAACCAUAACUUCCUUAGUUUUCUAACAGUUGUACCUUAAUACCUAUAUUUUCAAGAUUUGCUGGUGUAUUCCCAUUUGCCCUCACCCCAUGUAACCGCCGCCAUACAUAAGGCGGGGACAAAUGGGAAUGAUUUAUAUGAAUACACUAUUCCUGUGACUGGCGGGGACGAUUGUGAAUACACGGAUUUGGUGAUCAGACUAUACUAAGAUACACAGAAUAACAUGCAUCAGUUGACAUGGCUAUAUGCGUAUAGUCGUGAAUAUAGUUCGUCAAAGGACUGACUCAUUUCAAACAUAGACAGAGAAUCAUACUAUAUUUGUCUUACACUAGUACUAGCACCCAAAAGAAAAGGAUAAGUAUCGUUUUUUUUGUUCUUAUUUACUGACAAUUUGGUUUGACCAACUAUAAAAUAAAUAGUUUACAGUACAGAAGAACGAGAGCUCUCUUUAUGCAAUCUUAAGCCAAAAUCAUAAUGAAUACAUGCCAACAUUGAGGAAAUCACGUCGUUAUGGAGAACGCAUUGGAUAUAAAAAGUGCCUUUCAUCCAGAGCCCAAAUACUAAUGAAAAGGAAAUCUUACACUCAUCAAGUAGUGCUAAGGUUUUUAAAAGAUUGACAACGGAGAGAUGACCUACCUGGACUAACAAUUUACCUUCCAUAGGCUUCACUUACCACUUCGUCUGAUUUUAUUCUUGUUUGCCACCGAUGUUAUAUACUUACAUCUGCCGUAUUGUCAUAAAAUGUCAACGCAUUGCGCAGUGUUAAGGUUUCAUUCAGAUGCGGACUGCACCAGCAAUAGGUACUGCUGCAGCGCUGAGUUGACGCAGGCGAUGUCACUGUCAAUCUCCUUGAUAAAAUCUGUAAGGCAUUGAAGUUUCUAAUCAUUACAGCAAUGCGAUUUAUCAAGGAAGUCGACAGCUUAAUCGCCUGGAUCCAGAUUUAUUUUCCUGUAGGACGAACUUUUCGAUAUAUUUAGGAAAAAAAUCUACGAGGGGAAGAAGUGUAAUAAACAAUUUGGAAAUACACAAGUAGAACAAAGUUAGACUUGAUUUUAUACCUGAAAAAAUCUUGACUAUUUUCACGACAUAAUAUUUAUUCAUUAUCGAAGUAGUAUGUGUUGCAAACGUAAUGUACGUACUUUAUAGGGUUAUAAGUGAAGGGGCCCAGUGGUUUGUCUGGCAUGCUCGGCCAUUGCAAUAUACUUUGUUUUCUAUACGUUGGAUGGUAAUAUUAAUAUUUAGCAAUUAAAACUACUAGUUCACGUUAUCACUUUCACUUAAAAAUAAUAAGAAGACUAACAUCGUAAUCAUACGAGCAAAUACCUACAUUAAGCAUCAAAACAAACAAUAUCUUUUAUUUAUAGUAUUGUUUUGUAUAAAAAUAAGUGCCUGUUUCUAAGAGAGGUCUUGAUACCGAUAAGUAGUAUAAUUAAUUAAAUACGUCACUAAACGUGACGUUUUCGAGCAAUAAGUACCGUAAUGUUUGCAGUUAAUAGGGUCGAUUUCUCAAUGAAUCCUUAUGGAAGUAGCGUAUAAGUGGCUACUAUUGCUUUAAAACACCACCCAUUAUAUUGUUAAGUACCUACUUAUAGAAAUUUGGAUGAUCUUAUUUAUUUUAGACUCGUUAUAAUAAGUUAAUGGUAUUAUUUUGUAUUUCACUAUCAUCCAAGCAUUGUGAUAUAUUUUUUGCCUUCGUGUAAAUAUAAUAUGUUGGCUUAGUAGUUGUAUUAAUGCGUACGGACUUGUACGUAGAUAAGUUGGAAUUAAGUAACGUUUUACCUUUAAGCUAAACAACUAAGUUAAAUAAAGUUAAUUGUACAGUUAUAAUACUAGCGUCAUUUAUAUAGAUGACCACAGUUAAAUAAUGUUUUAUUUAUUUCUGAGCAAAUGACCCGUACUUAUUAAAUUUAUAAUCAAA